UAAAUUUUAAUCUGCUAUUCUUCGGUCUUUUAGACAAGCUUAGCAGAGUCAUACGCGUCCCCUCGUUUCACCUACAGUUCCAUAUUUCUCACCGUGGCCUUCCCUGCCUCCGACCGAUACUUAAGUAGUUAAUAGACCAAUCUUCCUCGCCAGCCAAAAGUAUCCCCAUGAAUUCUCCAACAAACCCCCAAUUUGUUCACUUCUUCUUCAUCUUCAUCAAUUACCUCUGUUUCACAGAUGCUGAAAAUAUCUUCCUUAACUGUGGUUCCUCUAGUAAUUCAAUUGACCUCAACGGCCGUGAAUGGGCCGGUGAUUCUACCCCUGGCUCAAAGUUUAUUGCCUCUCAUCAACCAAAUGAGACAUCUAUUGUCUCAAAAGCCACUAACUUGAACCCCUCGAUUGAUCCAGUUCCAUAUUUGACUGCUCGAAUUUUUCAGUCUCCAUUCACUUACUCUUUCCCGGUUACUCCAGGCCACAAAUUCCUGCGCUUGUUUUUUAAUCCUAGCGCUUACCAUGGAUUUCAAAGUCCCGGCGACUUCUUCACUGUUACUGCUGGGCCUUUCACUCUCCUUACACACUUUAGUCCUUCUCUUACUGCUCAGUCUUUAGGGUUGAAAACUUUGGAUAAAGAAUUCUGUUUACACAUACAAGAAAACCAGGUUUUAAACAUAACGUUUUCUCCUUCUUCGGUUCCUUUGGGUGCUUUUGCUUUCGUAAAUGGGAUUGAGAUUAUCUCUAUGCCCACCCAUCUUUAUUACAUAUCAAGAGCUAGACCCAUGCCAAAUGGGUUUGCUGUUCCAAACAGUACAGCCCUUGAACUGAUGCACCGGUUAAACAUUGGUGGGGAUUCUAUUUCGCCGGCUAAUGACUCAGGCUUGUAUCGGAGAUGGUUAGACGACGAGGCCUGUUUCGUAGGUUCAGGCGACUGUGUUGUCAAUUCAACUGCUCCAAUCAAAUACUGGAAGAUUGCUCCUUAUGUUGCACCUGCAAAGGUUUAUCAAACAGCACGGUGCACAAACAAACAGAAGAGCCUUUCCUGGAAUUUGACCGUUGAUUCAGGGUUUACAUACUUUGUAAGACUUCACUUGUGUGAGCUUCACAAUCACCCCGAGGUAACAAAGCAUGGAAGGAACAAGUUUGUUGUAAGAAUUGGAAAUGGAAAGACUGAGGCUGUGGAAGAUGUGAUUACUUGGAGUGGGAGAAGGGGGGUUGCUGUUUACAGAGAUCAUGUUGUCAAGAUGCCAAAGGUAGGAAACUAUGGUAAAACUCAUCUUUUUUUAUCUUUGGGAAACAACAACAGCAACAAUAAGUUGAGAGCUUUAGACUCUGAUCCUAUCUUAAAUGGUUUGGAAGUUUUUAAGCUCAGUGACUCUCAAAGCAAUCUUGCAGCCGGAGUAAAUCCAGUUUCCAAGAUCCCAGAAGCCGACAAGUCUAGGGACAGAAAAUUGGUGUUCAUCAUCAGCGGAGCGACGCUAGCUGCUUUCACUCUCAUCUUGCUACUUGGUCUCACUAUUUUUAUUUUUAGGAGAAAGGAAAGCAACGAGAAGGACAAGUCUGUGACACUAAGAGGACUUUGCAGACGCUUCACACUCGAAGAACUCCGAGAUGCCACCAACAACUUUGACAGAGCUCUAGUGAUUGGCAAUGGUGGUUUCGGUAGAGUUUUCAAAGGCUGCAUAGACGGUGGAACUCCUGUAGCUAUAAAGGCACUGAAGCCAACAUCAACUCAAGGUUCCAAGGAGUUCGAGGCCGAAAUCAAAAUGCUAUCUGAUCUCCGGUACCGGCAUCUGGUAUCUCUAAUAGGUUGUUGUGAUGAAGGUGUGAAGAUCAUUGUUUAUGAGUACAUGCCAGGGGGAACCCUCCGGGAUCAUCUCUACAGCACAAAGGGUCCUCCAUUGUCAUGGAAACAAAGACUUGAAAUCAGCAUUGGUGUUGCCCGUGGGAUUAAAUACCUUCACGGCGAAAACACCAAGAUCAUCCACAGGGAUAUCAAGCCCAGCAACAUUCUCUUAGACGAUAAUUUGGUUGCCAAGAUUUCAGAUUUUGGUCUAUCCAGAUUUGGACCGACAAGCUUAUCACGCAGCCAUGUCACAACUGGUGUUAGGGGUACGUUCGGGUACGUAGACCCUGAGUACUUUGAAACUAGCCGCCUAUCAGUGAAGUCCGAUGUGUAUAGCUUUGGGGUAGUUCUAUUUGAGAUGCUAUGCGCUAGACCGGCAGUGGAUUUAAGGCUCGAUGAUGAACAGCCAACCCUGGCAGAGUGGGUUCGGCAUUGCAUCAAAGUUGGCAAGCUUAAACAGAUUAUGGAUCCCAAUCUUAAAGGUCAGAUUUCUCCAGGGUGCUUGAAAGCAUACGUAGGUAUUGCUUUAAAGUGCCUGAACAAUGAUAGGCAUAAACGGCCAACAAUGGCUGCAGUGUUGAAGAAACUGAAGCGUGCUUUAGAAUUACAAGAGUGCACUGAUGCAGCUUCGGAUGAUAAUGGUGAAGAUGAAGAAGAAAUCAUGAACAACAAUGACAAGCAACUAUUUUUAAAACCAAACAAAAAUGCCAAGGUGGUCCAUUCUUGUCCAACAUUUUGGAACAAAACAAUAUCUCGAAAGGAACUGUUGAGGUUUCUGAGCGACAGGGCAGGGUUGAAAUGGUCUACACCACCUUCCUUGCCUGGUCUCAAGACCCUUUGUUAUAAUGUUUCAAGUUAUGGUACCAUGUCCGGCGAGCUUUAAGGGAGGAUUAAUGGAUCCAAUCUUUUUUGACGUGGAUGAUGCUUGCAAAUUAUGGAGAUUCGUUUCAACCUUAGGGUUUAGGGUUAUGGGUGAGCAAAGUAGAGUGUGGAAUUGUAGUAAGAGUAAACCAAGACCUUGCAACAUGAAAGGAUCAAUAAUUGUGGUUCUUUUUUUAUUAUUAAGGACGGCAUACGGUUCUAUUUUUCUUUUCUAAA